AUGUUAUUAGAUCCAUUCACUCAACGUGUAAUAUGGUCCAUCACGCAAUUAUUGUUUGCUUUAAGUGCUACCGUGCGAAGGCAUGCUCUGCUAGCGCUUAAAAAUCAAGAUCUAAGUGUUUCGUUACAUUAUAUCGAAGAAAACAUUGAAUUUGAAGAAGAUACAGAUUUAACAAUCAACAAACAAAUAGAUCAGAAUAUUUCAGAACAAGAAGUUCAUUCUCAAAAUGGAGAAAAACAUUUUUCAUGUGAAAUUUGCGAUAAAAAAUUUACACAGCAAAGUUCUUUGAGUACCCACAUACAACAAUUACAUGAUGAAGAUAAACGCCUUUCAUGUGAAAUUUGCGGUAAAAAAUUUAAACGGCUACGCUUUUUGGUUGUACAUUUACAAACUCAUACUGGAAUAAAACCUUUUUCCUGUGAAGUUUGCGGUAAAGCAUUUCCACAGCAAAGUUUUCUGAUUAGACAUUUACGAACGCAUUCUGAGGAUAAAUCUUUUUCAUGUGAUUCUUGCACCAAAGCAUUCAGAACGAAACAGUUGUUAGUUCGACAUAUUCGAAUUCAUACUGGAGAAAGACCUUUUACGUGUGAUAUUUGUAUGAAAAGUUUUAAUCAAGAUAGUGCUUUAGCUCAGCAUAAACUUAUUCACACUGAAGAAAAACCUUAUGUAUGUGAAAUUUGUGAGAAAUCAUUUCGUCAAAAAAGUAAUUAUGUUAAACAUAAACGAACUCCUCAUACUGGAGGCAAACAAUUUUCAUGUGAGUUGGUAGAAAAUAGAAAACCGUUUUCGUGUAAAUUUUGUGGUAAAAAAUUUCCAUUUCAUUGUCGAAGCAAUUUUAUUGAACAUGAACGGAUUCAUACUGGCGAAAAACCUUUUAUCUGUGAUAUUUGUGAUAAACGAUUUAAUCGUAAAAGUGCUUUAACUCUACAUAAACUAGUUCAUACCGGGGAAGAACCUUUUGCAUGUGAUAUUUGUGGGAAAACAUUUAAUCAGCCAGCAAAUUUAAGUCGUCAUAAAAGAACCCAUACGGGACAAGAAAAAUUUCCAUGUGAUAAGUGUCACGUAGGAUUUAAUCGUAGAAGUAGUUUAGUUCAACAUAAACGACUUCACGUCGGAGAAACAGAUGGACCGGAAGCUGUUACCAACGAAUUAUCAGAUGAAGCAGAAGAAACAAGUUUUCCAGAUGAAAUACAAGGUAUUAAAAACGAAAUAGAAGAAAAAAAUAUAGAUGUAGGAAUUAAAAUUGAAAGACUUGCAGAAAAUGACUCGGUAUUAGAAAACGAGAUAAUAAAAGAAAAAAUAGAUGAGGAAAAUAUAGAAGUUGUAAGAAUUAAAAUAGAAAAUGAUUCGAUAGAUGAAAAUGAAAGUAUUUUAGGGGGUAUACACGAAGAAAAUGUAGAAGAUAUAAAAGUAAAAAGUGAUCCAUCAAUUCAUGAACAAAUGAUCGAAAAAGAAGAAUUUUUUACAGAUAAACAUGAAAAUAUCAAACUGGAACAAAAAUUAAAUACGGAACUAAUCAUAAAGGAAGAAAUAUUCGAUGAAAAUUCUUUCGAACAUCAACAAAUUCAAAACAAAUAUUUUCCAUGCGGUUUAUGUACGCAAACAUUUAAUCAGCAAAAUUACUAUAUUCAACAUAUGCAAACUCAUGCUCGGGACAAGCUGUUUCAGUGCGACAUUUGUGAGAAGAAAUUUACUCAACAAACGAGUUUAAAUUAUCAUGUAUCACGUAUUCAUACCGGAGAAAAACCAUUUUCAUGCGAAAUUUGUGAUAAAAAAUUUACACAACGAACCAAUUUAAUCAAGCAUAAAAUGAUUCACACCGGUGAAAAACCUUAUACAUGUGAUAUUUCAUUUAAUCGUAAAUCUAGUUUAAUUCAACAUGAACGUCUUCAUACCGGAGAAAAACCAUUUGAAUGUAAUAUUUGUGGAAAAAAAUUUAAUCUUAAAGCUACUUUAAUUCAACAUGAACGUCUUCAUACCGGAGAAAAACCAUUUGAAUGUAAUAUUUGUGGAAAAAAAUUUAAUCUUAAAGCUACUUUAAUUCAACAUGAACGUCUUCAUACCGCGGAAGAAACAUUUUCAUGUGAAAUUUGUGAUAAAAAAUUUAGUCAACGAAGCAGUUUAAUCAGACACAAAGUUUUUCACACGGGAGCAAAACCUUAUGCAUGCGAUGUUUGUGGUAAAACUUUUCUAUAUCAAAACAAUUAUAUUCGACAUAAACGGGUACAUUCCGGAGAAAAGCCAUAUUCUUGUGAUGUUUGUUUGAAAAGAUUUAAGCAUCGUAUCAGUUUAUCGACACAUGAACGAAUUCAUACAGGAGAAAAACCAUUUUCAUGUGAUUUUUGUGAUAAAACAUUUGGUCAAAAAGCAAGUUUAAUUGCGCAUAAUCGUGUGCACACCGGCGAAAGACCUUUUCGAUGUGAUUUAUGUGAUAAAACAUUUAGUUAUCAGAUCGCUUUAAUUCAACAUAAACUUAUUCACACCGGAGAAAAACCAUUUUCCUGUAAGUUUUGUGAGAAAACAUUUAAUCGUAAAGAUAGUUUAAAUCAACAUGAACGUAUUCAUACGGGGGAAAAACCAUUUUCGUGUGAUUUAUGUGAUAAAGCAUAUAAUCAUAAAAAUGUUCAUGCCAAGGAAAAACCAUUUUCAUGUAAUGUUUGUGGUAAAGGAUUUAAUCAACGAUUCAGUUUAAUUAAUCAUAAAAUGGGCCACACAGGAGAAAAGCCGUUUAAAUGCAAUGUUUGUGAUAAAGGAUUUAAUCAUAAAUCAAAUUUAGUUCAACAUACUCGUUUGCACACUGGAGAGAAACCAUUUACAUGCGAUGUUUGCGAUAAAACUUUUACUCAACGGUCCAAUUACAUUGUACACAGACGAGUUCAUACUGGUGAAAAACCAUUUUCAUGCGAUUUUUGUAAUAAAAAAUUUAGUCAUAAUUUAAGUUUAAUUCAACAUAAACGUGUUCACACUGAGAAAAUAACUAUAAGAGAUGAUGUUUGCGAUGGACAUCUUAAACAGCAGAUACAAACAAUAAUUAUAAAAAAUGAAAUCGACGAAAAUGCUGCAAACGAACAUGAAUCAACAAGUGGCGAAGACCCCAUCAAACCUGAAAUGCAACAGGAAACUUUUGCAACGGAUUGUGAACUUAUAAAAGAAGAAAGGUGUUUAAUAGACCCUAAACUACUUAAAAUUGAAAUUGUGGAAGAAACUUCUACAUUGGAACCUAAACGAAUCGGUGAACAUGAAAGUAUCUUGGAACAAUUAAAUCCAGAAUUAAUAUUUAAAAACGAAAAACUUGACAAAAAAAAUAUUCCAGGACAAAACUCUACUCAAAACAAACGUUAUCCGUGUGAUCUUUGUGGUAAAAGUUUUACCCAACGGACCAAUUAUAAUCAACACAAACGAGUUCAUACUGGCGAGAAACCUUUUUCCUGUGAUUUAUGCGAUAAAAAAUUUAGUCAGAAGGCUAAUUUAACACUACAUAAACUUAAACAUACAGGAGUAAAACUAUUUUCCUGUAAUUUUUGCGAUAAAACAUUUAAUCGUAAAGAUAAUUUUGAACAACAUGAACGUAGUCAUACUGGGGAAAAACCAGUUUCAUGUGAUUUGUGUGAUAAAACAUUUGCUCAUCGAUCGGGUUUAUAUAAACAUAAAUUCUUUCACACUGGAGAAAAACCAUUUUCCUGUAAAUUUUGUAAUAAAACAUUUAAUCGUAAAUUUAAUUUAAAAUCACAUGAACGACUACAUACUGGUGAAAAACCAUUUUCAUGUGAUUUGUGUGAUAAAGCGUUCAAUCAGAAAUCCGCAUUAAUUCAGCAUAAGUAUCGCCACGCGGAGGAAAAAAUGUUUAGAGAUGAUGGUUGUGAUGGAAAUUCUGAACAGCAAAUACAUUCAAUAGUUAUAAAUCCAGAAAUCGACAAUUAUGCUGUAAACGAACAUGAAUCAACAAGUGGCGAAGACCCCAUUAAACCUGAAAUGCAAGAAGAAAACGUUAAAACGAAUGAAGUUUUAAUACUGAAUCAGAUGCAACAGAAAACUAUUGGAACGGAUUAUGAAGUACCGGAAGACGAAAAGGGCUUAAUAGAUCCUAAACUAAUUAAAAUUGAAAUUCUCGAAGAAAGUUCUACCUUGCAACGCGAACGAAUUGGUGAACAUGAAAAUAUCCUGGAAAAACAAUUAACACCAGAAUUAUUAUUUAAAAACAAAAAUCUUAAUGAAAAUGUUUUAAAACAAAAUUCUGUUAAACCUGGUUUUUCAUGCGAUUUUUGUGAUAAAAAAUUUAUUUAUAACUUCGCUUUAGUUCGGCAUAACCGUGUGCACACUGGAGAAAAACCUUUUUCAUGUGAUUUAUGCGAUAAAAAAUUUAGGCAGAAGGCCAAUUUAAUUCAGCAUAAACUUGUUCAUAACAAGAAAGAUACUCAUACUCGAAAAAAACCAGUUUCAUGUAAUUUGUGUGAAAAAACUUUUGCUCAUAGAUCGGGUUUAUAUAAACAUAAAAUUUUGCACACCGGAGAAAAACCAUUUUCCUGUAAUUUUUGUAAUAAAACAUUUAAUCGUAAAGAUAGCAGUUUAACUCAGCACAAAAGAAUUCAUACCGGAGAAAAACCUUACAAGUGUCAUAUUUGUGAUAAAAAGUUUACCACACAAAGUCAUUUACCCGAACAUUUACGCACGCAUACCGGGGAAAAACCGUACUCUUGUGAAACAUGCGGGAAACGUUUCUCACAAUCCAGUAGUUUAAUUAAACAUCAACAAGUGCAUUCAGGACAGAAACCAUAUAAAUGCAGUAUUUGUUACAAAGGUUUUACACAACAAGGUAAUUUAAUGCAACAUGAACGUAUUCAUAAUGGGGUGAAAUUAUUUAAAUGUGGUGUUUGUGAUAAAACAUUUACACAACAUGGAAAUUUAUUACAACAUGAACGAAUUCACAGUGCUCAUAAACCGUAUAAGUGUGGUGUUUGUGAUAAAGGAUUUGCUCAUCACAAUGGACUUACGCAACAUGUCAAAUGUCAUGCGGGGUUUUUAAUGUCGAUGAAAAGUUCAUCAAAAUAAAAGAAUUUAUUUUGAACCGUCAUCGUAGAAGUUAUGAAGUGGAUUAAGAAAUGUAAAAUUGUACAGGGAAGAACCGAACAACAAGUAGACCGUACUAAGAGAGUACCGUACUCUAAGGCUUAGGAGUCUGACGUUAUACCUAUUUUUAAUUGUACAGAGAAGAAAAAGUAGAUCGUACUGAGAGAAUACCGUACCCUUGGGGUCUGAAACUCAAUAAUAUAUGGGACACGGGUCCGUCUUAGUUGGCCAAAGGUAUUUAUUUGAAUGCCAACAUUGCAGCAUAAAUUCAGGGUGUCACAGGGUGGUUACAGGGUGCUUUUUGUAAGUUGAUAUUUGCAAAAUAACUUAACAAGCCGUGGAUAAGGUAUGGUGUGACCCUUGGAGUCCACACGAAUAAUU